AGGGGGGCGGGGAGCAGGGGAGUGGUGCCAUGUGCUCCAGCUCUGUCCAGGAGAGCCGCGUGGGGUCCGCUGUAGAGCGCCAUACUACAGCAGCAGCGCACUCCCCCUCCCCUCCUCUCCCCCAACCCCGUCGCGCGGGGGGGCGGGGCGUAGAACCGGAGGGGGGCCGCCCGCCUGCACCUGUAGGAGGUGCGCGGCCCCGCCCCCGCCCCCCGGCGCCAGGCUCGGGACACAAAAGAGCAGGCGCAGCCGCAGCAGCCACUCGGCUACGAAGCCUCUCAGCCUCGGCCCUCCCUCCCGCGCUCCUCCCUCCCUCCCUCCUUCCCAGCCUCGCCGGUCGCCGGGUCCGCUGAGCUUCGCAACCGCCGCCGCUGCCGCCGCCGCUCCCGCUCCAGCUCCUCACGGACCCGGCCUCGGCAUGACCAGCUCGCCGCACCAGCGCCGCUCUGCCGGCCCGCCCGCCCCCGCCUCCAGCCCUGCCGCCGGGGCCACGCCGGGGCCUGACGAGGACUCCGAGUCCCGGCAGAAGAUGCUGCGGCGGCAGAACGGCGGCGGCGGGGGCGGCGGCGACAACGCCAGCGGUGGGUCCUGGGCCGGCUCGGGCGGCGACGAGGGCGUGACCCUGCAGCGCUCCAUCACGCUGCUCAACGGCGUGGCCAUCAUCCUGGGCACCAUCAUCGGCUCGGGCAUCUUCGUGGCGCCCACCGGCGUGCUCAAAGAGGCCGGCUCGCCCGGCCUGGCGCUCAUCGUGUGGACCGCCUGCGGCAUCUUCUCCAUCGUGGGCGCGCUCUGCUACGCCGAGCUGGGCACCACCAUCACCAAGUCUGGCGGCGACUACGCGUACAUGCUCGAAGUGUACGGGCCGCUGCCCGCCUUCCUCAAGCUCUGGGUGGAGCUGCUCAUCAUCCGGCCCUCGUCUCAGUACAUCGUGGCGCUCGUCUUCGCCACCUACCUGCUCAAGCCGCUCUUCCCUAGCUGCCCGGUGCCCGAGGACGCGGCCAAGCUCGUGGCCUGCCUCUGCGUGCUGUUACUCACGGCGGUGAAUUGUUACAGCGUGAAGGCCGCCACGCGGGUCCAGGAUGCGUUUGCUGCAGCAAAACUACUGGCUUUGGCCUUGAUCAUUCUCCUCGGCUUCAUUCAAAUUGGAAAGGGCGAGGUCUCCAAUUUGAGCCCCCAGCUAUCGUUCGAAGGCACCAAUUUAGAUGUUGGGAACAUAGUGCUGGCAUUAUACAGCGGCCUCUUUGCCUACGGUGGCUGGAACUACUUGAAUUUUGUCACAGAGGAGAUGAUAAACCCUUACAGAAACUUGCCCCUGGCCAUCAUCAUUUCUCUUCCUCUGGUCACCUUAGUGUACGUCCUGACCAACCUGGCUUACUUCACCACCUUGUCCACUGAGCAGAUGUUGAGUUCAGAAGCUGUGGCUGUGGACUUUGGAAACUAUCACCUGGGCGUUAUGUCCUGGAUCAUCCCUGUCUUUGUGGGCUUGUCCUGCUUUGGAUCAGUCAAUGGCUCCCUUUUCACCUCCUCCAGGUUGUUUUUUGUAGGUUCCAGGGAAGGCCACCUGCCUUCUAUCCUUUCCAUGAUCCACCCCAAGAACCUGACUCCUGUGCCAUCCCUUGUAUUCACGUGCGCCAUGACCCUGCUCUACGCUUUCUCCAAUGACAUCUUCUCCGUCAUCAACUUCUUCAGUUUCUUCAACUGGCUUUGUGUGGCCCUGGCCAUCAUUGGGAUGAUGUGGCUCCGCUUUAAGAAACCAGAAUUGGAGAGACCCAUAAAGGUGAACCUCAUCUUACCCGUCUUUUUCAUCCUGGCCUGCCUGUUCCUGAUAGUCGUGUCUUUCUGGAAAACUCCUGUGGAGUGUGCGAUUGGCUUCGUCAUCAUCCUCACGGGAAUUCCUAUUUACUUCAUCGGUGUCUGGUGGCAAAACAAGCCCAAGUGGCUGCUUCAAGGCAUCUUCUGCACAACAGUCCUGUGCCAGAAGCUCAUGGAGGUGGUUCCGCAGGAGUCCUGAGUCCAGAGAGAACAUACAGAUGUCACUUGGAAAGAACACACCCACUCACAAGCGAGCCCAGCGAAGUCCAUUCCCUCAUCCCAUCCUCCCGACGGCUUGGCCAGAGCCACCAUGCCAGCCUUCUCUCUUCCUCUGCUCGAGCCUGGCAGCUGAGGGUGCUUUGAAAGACAAACCCGCGGUACAAAUGAAUCUCUCCUGGAUACCUCCUCAGGACCCCCAGAGGGGGCAGGGAACAAGUUGCUGAAUUAGGCAUUAAGACUUUGGAUUUGUGACUGACAGCUAGAUGUUAUUUUGGGGGAAUUGUUUGCUUUCCUUCAUUUUAUUUUAUUUUUAACUUAAGGUUCAGUCUAGUAGAUGCCGGCGAUACGACUUCUUUUUACAAGUGAGAAUAUGAUUUUUUCAAUGCUGCCAACUGUACCCACGUACCUCUGGAUGGCACCGACAUGCUGACUCCAGUUCAAGCGGCACUCCUUUGUUGACCCUUCUCCAGGGAGAAGGGGGUCUUCUGAAGACCACACACUCCAGGGCACAAGUGGACAGAACUACUGAGACUUGAUACAAUGUUGAUUUUAAAGGGGGGCUUGCACUGAUUCCCACUGAGGGUCUGCUUCUGCUCCUCAUUUGGUGUUACCGCACAAUGAUAUUGGGUUGUUGGUUUGUGUUUUUUUUUUUAAGUUGUCAUAAAUGAGGCUAGUUCAAACUGAACCUCUGAAUUUUUAUUUUCACCUUAAAGACGAGGUAGUUUCUAUCUCUGGCCGAUUCUCUUCCCCCCUAAAUGAAUAUAAACAACUGCCCAUUGCAUUCGCAGAGUGGAAGUAGGUGCUUCAGCAGAUUUCAGUGAGUUUUACCCACCCAGAGAGAGCUCCUUGCCUACUUUACUGAUCUUUGAGUGUGCCAGAGAAAAGGAAGGAGCCCCUGGGACCCUGGGGUUGGAAGUCCAGAGAGGCUUAGGGCUCGAAGGGCUGUUUGAGCCAGGCCCGUUUUGAGUCACUCCCACCCUUUACUCCCCAAGACCUCAGGCCAUUCCUGGAGCCUGGUCCUGUACAGUCGCACAGACAGGCUCAAGCCAAGGAGGAUCCGGGCACCUUUCCCAUUGAGAGUGAAGCGUUGGAUACAAGAUACAAGAGUGCAGCCGUCCCUCCACUCUUACACGGUCCUGAGCCUUAGCCUAGAACAGUGGUCUCCAGCGUAAGGAACCGUACCCCAUGCUGGGUUGGACACAGCCAAGGUAGCUGACCGUGGUGUUUUUAGGCUAGUUAGUUAGGGCUGAAGGUUGCUCACUCCAGAGCCAAGGCUAAGAGCAUCUGCUGUUUUUCAGGAGAGGGCUGAAAGGAGUAGGUUUUUGAUAGUGCCCACUUAGUUCAGCGCCUUCUGCACCGCUUCCUUCUCAGAGAGGGCCGCCACCUUGUCUGACAGCCCAAACCAUCAUAAACCAUUUGUUGGCUAUCCACACCCACUGGACAUCUGUUACUAGUCUUUCUGCUGCUUUGAAGUGAAAAAAGACUCCCUUCAUAACCCCUCAUGUGGAAGUACAGUUGCCCUCUUGCCCGUGACCGUAUUCCUCUUGAUUAUACCUAGGAAAUGUCUUGUUAUACAUUUCCCCAACCUAAUAGGGUCUCCUCACAUGAGCAAAUCUUUUUAACCUUUCCCUGAAACCUGUAUGCUGGCUACUUGAAGAAUGAAUCCUGUUAGGAACUCAUAGAAUGACAAGACUGACCUUCUAUAGUGAAAUUGCCCUUCUUUGAUGAUGUCCCUGGGGCUGAGGAAGGGAUGGUUCAGCCUGGCACUUAUCACCUUUUUCUGGAACUCUGACCAUUUCAUAGAGCUUUGGGUGAAAAGGGUAGGCGUAGAUCUUUGUGUCACCAGAGGCCUCGAUGGUACAAAGGACUGACCUUUAGGGAGCAUCCCAGGCAAGUUGUAUUGGCUCUGAAUUGAGCUAAAUUUGUCUGUGGUAGAAACUCUUGUCCAGUUGUGUCUGGGAAGUGUUAAUGGAUCUGUAAGCACCACAUGGUAGCCUACCAAGGGCCUGGAAGCAGCAGGUGGCCAACAGACGAUCUCUGACGUUGCCCCAAAUUGGGCUUAAGACAUGCAAGUGAGAUGGAACAAGCCUGCCUUGAUCUGUCUUAUUCUUAGUUGAGCAAUCCAGAGGAUUAAGUGGGUGCACAGCAGAGUGGAUGGUAACCCUGUGGCUAAUAUUAUUACAAAGAGGCUGCUUCCAGGCCGCAGGUAACAUGUACUCAGCAACACGUUGUCCCUGGUCGGGUAGAACCGAUUCAUGGUCCCCACACCCGUGCUUUUGGGCGUAGGCACUAUAAACAAAAUUUCAAACAAGUUAGAGGUGAAGUCUUCUAUCACAUUCCCCGAAGAGAGGCAUUUGCCUAUAACUGGUAGAGUUAGUGUAGUAGAGUCGUGUGGUAAAAGCAAACCUAGAAUCGGGAGCCAUGAAUUCAAAUCUCACCUCACACUCUAGUGGCCUUGGGCAGCUUAUAUAACCUCUAUUGGCCUUAGUUUCUCCAUCUACAAAAUGGGGAUUAUAAAGUCUAUCGUACAGAAUUGUAAGGACCAGAUGGAUUAAUGAAUGAAAGUGUUAUUUUGCGAACCUCAAAGUGCUUUCUUUCUGUCUAUAUCCUCUAUCUCUAUCAUUUAUCUGUCAUCAAUGUGUAUCAUGUUGUCUGUAGCAUCUGUUGCUAUCAUUUAUCUCACCUGUGUAUAUCAUCCAUUUGUUUAUUAUUCAUCAUCUGUCUAUCUAGCCAUCUUUCUAAUUAUCCCGGCUCUUCUGAUUUUUCUGUCUGAACUGAGAAAGAUUCACACCUCAGGGAGAGGGCAAGGGACAAGGAAAGAUGCAGAGCGUAUAUAGAUCACAUUUCGGGCUGCAGUUGGAAGGUUUGUGGGAAGGAGAGGGUCUGCAGAGAUUUCCUAGAAAAGCCUGACCCCAAAGCAGGCUAUUGACAUUCCGGGAUGGUUUGGAAGGGCAUUCUAAAGACCCAGAGGCUGGAAAGUGGACAUUAGGCCAAAGUCCAUCCUGUCCUGGAUGAGUCCAGGAUCCUGUAUGGGAUGAAGCUUCUGAAGAUGAGUUUUAUUCUCUUUAUUACCUCAGGCAAAGCCCUUUUCUUUGGGCCUCAGUUCCCUGAUCUGCAAAGUAAAAAUUGGUCCUUUCCAACAUGCAGUGAUUCCAAACUUAAAAUGAAAAUGUGCCCCUUUAGCAAACAGCCUCUUGGUAGAACAGCUCCUGCCACGUUAAGUGAUUUUGUUGAUAACAGUUCCCAUGUCCUGAUCGUGAGUGAAGAGAGGCCAUGCUGUGAUCCAGGAGGUUCCCUUUCUCCUGGAUUUACCAACGAUGCAGUGAGUAGAUCCAUCCUGGGAGGUCCUAGCAGCAUGUGCGGGUGAGCACAACACACGUGCUUGCUGAUGGCACCACCACUGCCUCAACUCCUGUACAUUGCAUACUGAUGAACAUCAGGACAUCAACGUAGAGACCAAUCCCUGUGAGCAUAAAGGGUCUUCAUGAGUCAGAGGGCACUCUAGACCAAGUCCUAAGGGAGGUGUGAAGUAAAGGAGUUUCUCGGAGGUAAAUUAAUAGCCAGAUUUGGCCAACACCAGCAACCAUACAUGGCCAAGCUAAAGCUGCCCCUGGACCUGGGGGGCACUGGGGCACUGGGCACUAGGCCUCAGUCUAUGGGAACUGGGUGUGUUGGUGGCCAUAGCUCCUGGAAGUUCAAGUAGGGCUUGGGAUAGAGAGAAAAAAGGCCCAGUCGUCUCUGACCUUGUAAAAACUUAGGCUGGGCCUAGAGCAAUGAAAUGAUUUGUCUGAGAUCCCACAGCCAAAAUUGCCUGAAGCCUUCGGUUGUCAGCCUACCCUUUGCCUUCUCUCAUUUUCAAUUAGUGGUGAUGAAUGACCAUAUAGGGUUGAAAAUUACUAGAUGAAAGGCCUGGUCUCUGCUCACUGAAUUAUGCCUGCAUUCCGGUAGAGAGCUCCUUCACCAAUGGAUAGUUUUCUCUUCAGAUUUAGAGGCUCAACCACCUUGUUCCUUAGGAGCCAAAGUGAACUUACUGUUUUACGUUAUUGAAAAUGGGGAUAUUUGGAACUUUAGUUCCAGGGUCAUGAAUCCAGGGUAGGUCCCUUCCAACAAGGGGAUAUCAAACUACCCUGUUUGGAAAGAUACCUCUUGACUUAAGACCCCUCACUCCCUGACCCCACACCUGGGGGUGGGACCACGGUCUCAUGGCUUAACGAGGAAACAGAAUCAGAAGACAGCGGUCCAGAGAGCUUUCUCAUAGUGUUCUUUCAGUGGCCAUCCCCCAAGAGGCUCCAUUCAGAAUUGGCCAUCUCCCAGGAAGCCCCCAGGGCCCUUGAAAAGCCCUCUACUCUUUCUUUCCUUGGUUCUGACUACUUACUGUUAAAUAUAAUUUUUAAAGGGCAACUUUAGGAGGGGAGGAGGGACGAUGAUUGCCAAAUAAGUGAACUUUCUCUGAAUGUUUCCUUGAAAAAAAAAGUACUGUCAACAAGUAUCUUGAGGACUUGUUUUAUGGUUGCUGAUUUUUUCAAUUGAAGGAAAAAAAAUCUAAACGUAGCUAUUAUGCAUUUUGCUAAGCCUUGUCCCUUUUCCUGAUGUUUCGCUAAUUUAAAGAUGCUGUAGGACUCUAUUUAUUUUAAAGAGUAGAACUGUUAGCCAUGAUUUGCCUACAUGUCACUUUAAUAUAUUUGCAUUCCUGUCCUCUUUAACUUUUCUUAAGGUUGGCAUUAGCCAGCAGCCAGUAAUAACCAAAUCAUUAAUGCUUUGAAAACAACAUGGUUUUUGAUUCAAUUUUUAAAAAAUUCUCUUGUUAACCAAUCUGUUAUGUGUGGAUGGUUUUGUUUCUAUUUUGUUUUUUAACAUAAAAAUGAGCGAAGGAGCCUGUCUAUAUUUCUAA